UUUUUAUCUUUGUACGUAGUACUACUUCUCUCUCUCUUUGUAGUACAAACAAAGAACCCUCCAAACUCCCGAGUUCAUAGCCCUGUUUUCUAUUAAAAAAAAUUUGUUUUUGGCUGCAAUACCAAUGUCUCGCUCUUUGUUAACAUUUACAAUCUUUGUCUCUCUCCUUGUUCUAGCCGCUGCUCACAGUGGACAUGGCGAUGACGAUGACGAUGAAGGAGCUGAGGCUGAGACCCAGAAUCUGCAGUCAAGGCCUUUGAUUUUGGUGAAAGUUUGGUGCUUGAUUAUUAUUUUUGUAGCGACGUUUCUUGGUGGGGUUUCACCUUAUUUUUUUAAAUGGAAUGAAGGGUUUUUGGUGUUGGGGACUGAGUUUGCCGGGGGUGUGUUUUUGGGUACUGCUAUGAUGCAUUUUUUGAGUGAUGCAAAUGAAACUUUUCAGGAUUUGACUAGUAAAGAAUACCCUUUUGCUUUUAUGUUGGCUUGUGCUGGUUAUUUGUUGACCAUGUUGGCUGAUUGUAUCAUUUCUUAUCUGUUUGGGAAGAAGAAGGAGAGUUCUAAUGGUGAUGUUGAACAUCAAGAUGCUGUUGAGCAAAAUGGACGUGUGCGGAAUUCAAAGCUUUCAAUUGGAGCCGUAAGUUCACUAGGGGAUAGCAUUUUAUUGAUUGUGGCUUUGUGUUUCCACUCUGUCUUUGAAGGCAUAGCAAUUGGAGUGGCAGAAAAUGCGGAUGAUGCAUGGAAAGCUUUAUGGACAAUCUCUUUGCACAAGAUUUUUGCAGCCAUUGCCAUGGGAAUAGCUCUGCUAAGAAUGCUUCCAAAUCGCCCUUUGUUGUCAUGUGUAGUCUAUGCUUUUGCAUUUGCCAUUUCUAGUCCUGUUGGUGUCGCCAUUGGAAUUGUAAUUGAUGCCACCACUCAGGGUCGUGUUGCAGAUUGGAUCUUUGCCAUAUCAAUGGGUUUGGCAUGUGGGGUCUUCGUUUAUGUCUCUAUUAAUCAUCUGCUAUCCAAAGGUUAUACACCUCUUAAGCCAAUUUCGGUUGACACACCCUAUUAUAAGUUCUUAGCUGUGUCCUUGGGAGUUGGAGUGAUUGCUGUUGUGAUGAUUUGGGACACCUAAAAGUUCUUAUGGACCCAGCUAAAUAGAUCAAAUUUAUUGCCUUUGGAGUGUUCUUUAGUGAAUAAGAUGGCUUGGUUGCAGGCUUUCAUCAGAGCUUUAAGUUAUUUCUAAGAUACCAUUUUGUUCAAAAGGUAGAAUAGAAUUUGUACAGUUGUUAAAAGUGUUUUCCAUUUUGUACCUUUUCUUUAAGAAUAGUAUACUUUGUGGCAGUAUAAAGAUGGUGAGCAUUUCUUCUUC